AUGGAUUUAGUCAAAUACCUUAACCAAAAUGAGAGGGUUCGCAACAUAUGCAUAUUGGCUCACGUAGAUCAUGGGAAGACCACUCUGGUGGACAACCUCAUAAGCUCCAACAAAAUUAUAAGUGACAAGAACAUCGGGAAGGUCAAGUAUCUAGAUAACCGCGAAGAUGAGCAGAAGCGGCAAAUCACCAUGAAGAGCUCUAGUAUCCUUUUGAAGCACACUUACAACAAGGCCUACUUGGAUGAACUCUUCCGUGAUCGGGCAGCUGAACAGAAAUCGCCAUCGGGCAAAGAUAUGCACGCUAUUGGUGUGGAAGGGCAGACCGCCGGGAUGACUAUUUCCACCACAGAUGGCGAACAAGUAAAACCCAGUGCCGGCCCCAAUGGCAAGGCCAGUAGCAGUCGCAGCGUGAUCAAGAGGAGGGAAGGUACAGAAGUGCAAGCGCAGGCAGAUGCCGAAACAGCAAAUGCCGAAACAGCAAAUGCCGAAACAGCAGAUGAUAGAAAUAUACACCUUAUUAAUAUCAUAGACACCCCUGGACAUGUAGACUUCUCGUCCGAAGUGUCAACAUGCAUUCGAAUCUGUGAUGGAGCACUGAUAUUAGUGGAUUGCAUAGAAGGAAUGUGCAGCCAAACAAAAAUUGUGCUCCGACAAACAUGGAAAGAAAUGAUCAAAAGUAUUCUUGUGAUUAAUAAAAUAGAUAAAUUAAUAACGAACCAAAACAUGGACAGUGUGAGCGCGUAUGAACAUAUAAAUAAUAUUAUCGAGCAGGUAAAUGCGUACAUUUAUCAAUUAUACAUGGAAGAAAAUAUGGACAAGGAGAAUGUAGAAUCAUCCGAAUUGGAAAAGUAUACGUACUCUCCACUAAAAGGGAAUGUCCUCUUGUGUAGCAGUACACAUUGUUGGUGCAUAGACAUGAAUAUCUUCUCCACCCUGUUUUGCAAAAAAAUGAAUAUAAAUGUGAACAAUGCAGAGAAAAUAAAAAAAUACAUGUGGAAUCAAUAUUAUUUCAAUACCAAGGAGAAAAAAAUUUUAAAAAUGACAAACGAUACAACAAGUACAUACCAAGGAAAUACUAGUAGUGGGAAAAAAAAAAAAAAAAAUUUAUUCUCACUAGUAGUCUUAGAUUUCUUAUGGAAAAUUUAUGACAUUACAACGAUAAAUAGGGAUGACGAACAGAUAAAAAAAUUAUGCCUAGAGUUAAAUAUUUCAAAUUAUUUUUUAAAAAAAAAUCAACAAAAUAAUGUCGAAAAUAAUACCUUCAUUUUAAUUUAUAUCAUGUCACAUUUUUUGAAUUUAUCAAGAUCUAUUUUCAAUUCCUGCAUUGAAAUUUUUCCUUCGCCCAAAAAUAUGAACACCAAUAGACUCUUCAAGAUUUACCCCUCAUUAUAUAAUGAAGAUAUUUAUCGGAACAUAACUGAAUGCUCCUCCACCAGUGACUUUACCAUCAUUUAUAUUUCCAAAUAUAUUUGUGCCAAUGUGCAAAAUAAUACUCUUGUAGGCUUUCGAGGUUUUUAUGAUAAAAAUACCUUCUUAUCCAUAUGCCGGAUUUAUUCUGGCAUUUUGUACGAAAAUAUGUUCCUCUAUAUUUGCGGCAGGGGAAUCAAAACUGUGGUGAAAAAAAUUUACAUUUGCAUGGGUGGCGACCUCCUACCUAUUGGCCAGGCCUACGCGGGCAACAUAGUGGCCGUCUACUUGUCCAUAGUUCACGUGCAAGACCCUCACUUGGGGGGGGGCACCGGUGGUAGAAGUUGUAAUGAUAACCAUCCCAGGAAAAAUGCCAAAAGAGAAGACAACUCAACUUCUCCUAUGGGAGAGGACCACAUCCCCACAGAAACAGAUAAUAUUAUGAACAAGUCGGGAAUCUAUCCCCAAGAGAUCCAAACUGCAUCUCACACCGAACACGCAAAUCCCAACGAUAUGCCCCUAAACAUAGACUACCACGGUGGAGGAAAAGACGACUUGCAGUACCUCUCAAACACGCUGAUGAAUUUAAUAAAAAACAAACGGAGUAAAAAACAACAUAACAUAUUUAUAAUGAACAGUGAUGGUUUUUUUUUAAACAAAAAUAUUACCUUGUCCAGUGAUCCCAAUGCAGAUUCCUUUAUUCUGCCCUUCACGGAUACAUGCUCAACCAUACUGCACACUAUAAUCGAACCGAAGAACAUUCAAGACAUGAAUAAAUUUUUGUACGGCUUAAUCCUCUUGUACACAUGUGAUACAUCCAUUGAUAUUGAUUUUAACGAAAGGGGAGAAUAUAUUUUAAAGUUCUGUGGAGAAAUACACAUGCAAAAGUGCCUCUCUGAUUUUGUAAACAUAUACAGCAACAUCGAAAUAAAAACUUCCGAUACCAAUAUAUCCAUUAGGGAAGGAAUACAAGAAAAUACCGUGAAGGUAAAAAGGAGGAAAAAUAAGGUACAUGAAAGUAUGAAAGAUUUGCAUACACAUUAUAUGCAAAUUACCAUGGGCAAUCAAGUAAAGGGAGGAGAUUAUUGUAUUACAGCUGCGGAAGGUUCAGAAGAUACUAACAAUAAAAAUAUACUGGAUAGUGACAAUGGAAUCAUAGAGGGAGCGGAAAAAAUCCCACUUCUUAAUACCGCUGAUGAUGACUGCGAAAGGAGUAACUGUAACAAUUCACGUAGCUUUAAAAACGAAAGAGGAGACAACCAUUCGGCGAGUCUAUUCAGACAUAUCCAUCUCGAAAAAGAUAAUUAUUUCCUAAACAUUCUUUUCAAUUACACUCACAAUACAAUUUGUCAAAAGUUAAAUAAUAAUUCCUUUUACGUUUUUUUAAGUGUUCUAAAUAUGCCCCCAAAUUUGCUAAACUUUUUUGAUAAGCAUUAUUCAAAUAUUCAAGCCGUGUUAGAGAACAGAUCCAUAUCUCCUUCCUUUUUAAAUUAUGGCAAGACUGAUUUGUGCAGUACAAAUGAACAAUUCAUGUACAAGCAGUGUUUGAUAAAUUUGGAGAGGUACAUCAACGAUUUGUGUUUCUCCGAGGGAGUUAACUGCGGAGAAACAAUGGAGGAGAAAUCCUCUUCCGCUACCGGGGCAGACGCAACCGAUGCAGGAAAAAGCCACACUAACGACCUUAGCGAUGUAAACUGCUUUGGCAAUGUGGACAGUGUGAAGGAGGGGCCCGCGCCUGCCCCCCCCUGUAUUGGAGAGAAGGCCAACCAACUCCGCAGAAACAAAAACUACCAAUUGGAACUUUGGGAUGUUUGCGUUCAAAACGGAAGCGUCACCCUCCUGUAUAUCAAGAAAUAUUUUAGCAAAAAGAAAAAUGAUGAAUAUAUGCUCGAUAACAUUAUAACGAAUGAAAAGUACAAGAAAAUAAUUAAUCAGCGCUCCUUUGUCGACACCUACCUCUCAGACACCAACAGUGACAUAAACAUCUACUUAAAUAAUUUAUGCCUUGGAUUUAAAAUGGCUUCAAAAUACGGCCCCAUCGCCCAGGAACCUAUCAGAGGAGCCCUGUUCAUCAUCGAGGGCCUAAUAAUUGACGAGGUAGAAAAUGGAGAUUUAUUCGAAGACGUGAACCCAAAAGAAGAAAAUAAUGAAUGGAAAAUCAACCCAGGAAAUAUUAUUGCACUAAUGAAAGAAGCUUGUUUAAAUGCGGUGGUACAAAAUACGUUACGAAUAUAUGAACCGAUGUUAAGGUUAAAUUUGACAUGUGAGAGCAACGUGCUUGGGAAGGUUUACAAUGUGCUCCUUAAAAGAAGGUGUUCAAUUCUAUCGGAAGAAAUAAAAGAUGGCUAUUUUCUAUACUGUAUAGAUGCAUACCUUCCUCUGUUUAAUUCAUUUAAAUUAGCAGAAGAGCUAAGGUCUAAAUGUUCUGGAAAUGUUAUUUACGAUAUCCAAUUCAGCCACUGGAAUAAGUUGAAUGAGGAUAUCUUCUUGUCAAAUGAUAGCUCCACUGUCAUAUACGAUGAAGACUUCGACGUUAAACUGAUGGAUAACACUGCAACAGAGAUUGUCAACUUCAUUCGGAGGGCGAAGGGCCUAGAAACGAACGAGAAGAUAAUACAAAAGCCAGAGAAACAGUGCACUCUCAAAAAGUAA